GGUGUCGUUCGGGACGGUUAACGCGAUUGCCAUUGUUGUUGUUGUUGUUGUUAUUAUUACGUUCGCGUGUUACAAGCCGAUCGUUAAACGGUUUUUCGAAUUUUUAUCAAAUCGUAUUUAUUUGACUGCGUCGGGUUUUACCGCCAGUUCGUUUGGUCACAAGACGCAUCCAGCGCUGUCGCGUCUCUACGGUGUCGACACGUCCUGCAGUGAAGUGCAAUGCUGGUUCUGAGGUGCGCCGCCGUCAUGGCCGCCAUCGCGAUGUGGCCGUUCAUAUCCGUGGCUUCCGUGUCCAUAGCGGCCCGGCAAAAACGACAGUUGGAGAACACGUACCAGGGCCUGGGGGCCAACGUGGAAAUACUGCCGGUCGGCGACGCCUCCGGGGUGAGUAGCUCGUACAGCAUAGUGGAAACGUCCAAAGUGCCGAGAAAAGAGUACAACGCGUAUAGAUUGACGGGGGUAUCGAGGAGCGCGCCAAGGGAUUUGGAACCGGAACACACGGAAUACCGGACGUAUAACAAGCAUCCGUCCAGAGAAGCCAGGCUAGAAGAACCCCAAUUGAAAUCGUUCAGGGACAGCCAGGUUGAUGAACCCAAACAUAAAUCAUACAGGGAAAGUCGGUUGGAAGAACCCAGACAGAAACCAUCAUACAGGGAGAGCCGGUUGGAAGAACCCAGACAGAAACCGUCAUACAGGGAGAGCCGGCUGGAAGAACCCAAACAGAAAUCGUCAUUCAGGGAAAGUCGUCCGGAAGAAACCAAACAGAAACCGUUCAGGUUCCCCGAAGAAAAGCGACCCACCGGAAGAUCGUCCGGUGAAACGGCAGACCGUGACGAUGAUUUUGACGGGGUUCUGGGGCCGGAUCACAAGCGACCGGAGAUGAAGCCGUCAAAUCGGAGGAGAUAUAAACCGAAGAAGCCGAAAAAGGACGACGAAGAAGAAACUUUUGGGGAGACCAAACCGGCGCCGAGAAAUAUCAAAGAGAUCGUAGAAGAACGGCCGGCCGAGAGCAAAAUUUCCAGUGAUCUGAAUGACGAAGGCAGCCGGUACAUCGGCUCUGGCGGUGGUUACGGCGGUGGAAGUGAGUAUGACAAGGAAAAACAUUACGACAAGGAACAGGGUCAGAAGUUUUUGGAAGGUCAUAAAUCCGAAGAAGGUGAAAAAGCGGAAAAGGCAUACAAGAAGGAAGAAGCCUACGACAAGGGCGAGAAGGAGGACUUUGGCAGUGACGAGAAACAUACGCAAGUACAAGAAAAAGCGGGCGAGAAGAAGGGCCACGUGGAUCAGGCGCAACACUUCGGCGAGGCGUACCAUGGUAACCACGGCGAAAAGGGCAUAUCAGUGAUUAAGAAGGGUGGUCACAAAAAGGGCAAAAAGACGUCGGGCUUCCACAAGGUCCACCACAAGGACGAAUACAAGAAAGACGAGGUGUUCUACGACGAAUCGCACGACGGCGGCGAGCACGAGGAACACAAACACGAACAGGAGAAACACGCCAAGGAGAAGGGUGGUAGCGAGAAGAAGGGGCAUAGUGACACGGGUUACCACGAGAACCACGGUACCAAGAAGGCGGAGAGCGACCACGGCAAGAAGUACGAACAGGCCAAGGGUCACAAAUCCGAAGCCGGCGAACACGCUCAUCACGGUCAGCAUUCCGAGUUCGCCAAAAAGGGCGGCGUCAAGGAAGGCGAGAAGUACGGGCACUCGGACGCGGGCGGCGGCGGUUACUUCGAAAAAGGCGGAUACUUCUAAAUUGCGGACCCGACUGUGCGAUGCGACAUUGUGAAGCCCUAUUUCCGUAACGUCGCUGCGUAUUAGAGCAACAAAACGUUUUAUUUAUCGUCCAUUACACUUUUUUUUUUUUUUUUUACAGAAAUAAUAUUAUUUAUAAUAAUUUUAUAACGUGUAUAAUAUAUGUGUUAUAUAUUUUGAUUCGUUUCUAUCCGCACUUG